AUGCCGGACCUGAUUUUAUACCGCAAAGAUGGCGCCUGUUCCACUGCCGCCCAUAUGCUGCUCCUCGAGCUGGAGGUGCCGUUUACUGCGAUCCCCAUGAAAGAAGGACUGAACAGGUUGUACGAAGGUGCGGAUGGUACAGGCCUGACUCGUGAGGCGUUCAUCAAGAUCAGUCCGAUGGGCUACGUUCCAGCAUUGACUGUCGAUGGGGAAACCACAAUCACCGAGCUUUCAGCUGUGCUCUUCUACAUCUCCAGUUUGGCGCCAGAACGAGGCAUGACGGGGCAUGAUGCUGUGGAGAAUGCAAAAGUGCUGCAGUGGAUGUCUUGGUUGAGCACGACACUGAACGAGUACGGUUUCGCAGGAUACUGGCGGCCGAGUCGCAUGGUAGGUCUCGAAGCAUCGUCAGAGGCAGAGGAUGCGGUGAGGGCCGAGGGGAAGAAGACGAUCUUGAAGGGUUUCGACAUUCUUGAAGGCUGGCUUGACGGUACAGGCCAUGCUGUGGGAAGGCAUCUAACCGUGGUGGACUUUAUGUUACAGUAA